AUGCCACCCUCCACAGAACCAUUCCCCUUCCCACGAGAGUACCACUUCCCGCCCUUCUUCACGCGGCAGACCAACCUGACGACUCACCACGCGCAGCUGACAAAGUGGUCGGCUCUGGUGCUGAGCUACUGCCGACACCACCGCAUCUUCAAGCUACCCUUGACCACCACCAGCAGCAGCAGCAGCAGCAGCACAGACCCGGUCCAAUCCCAAGCGUCAUCCCAAACCUCGCCACCGACCGACGAGCUCUUCCACAACAAAGCCCUGAACCGGCGACUGUCGCCCUCGGACGUGCGCGAGGUCAUCGACUUUAUGUGCAAGGAGGGCCGGGCCGAGUACUGCAGCCCCGGCGGCGGAGGGGGAGGAGGAGGAGGAGGAGCUUCCAGCACCCAGCAGGGGGGAGGAGACGUGGCGUGGAUCUUUUGGCGGUCGCCCGAGGAGUGGGCGCAGCUGAUCGAGGCCUGGGUCGAAGAGACGGCGCAAAAGGGCUCUGUGCUGACCCUGUACGAGCUCGUCGAGGGGGACGGCACCCUAGGCACUGACAUCCACGGCAUCGACGGGGACAUGCUGCACAGGGCCCUGCAAGUGCUCGUCAAGCGUGGGAGGGCGCAGAUCUUUGGCCAGGAGGAUUCGCAGGGUGUCAAGUUUUUUUGA